AUGCAGCGUUCGCGCGGGCCAUUCGUGCCGAUCGGGUUCAACGACCCGCAUAUCGUUUUAUUGCGCAAAAUAAUUGGGUCGCGGGACGGCAUGGGGACGUACCGCGCGCGGGAUUCCCCGAUCUCUGUGCCCGACUACGUUUCUUUUUUCAGCGGGCAGUUGGCGGGAUUACCGGUCGUGGACGUCGACUACACUCGUAGGGUUGCAUGCACGUUGAAACCUUUCAGAGUUCACCGGUUACCGCACUCGCCAGACGGAACGUAUGAGUAUAGA